AUGGAUAUUACUCGAGCGGCACAAGCUUUCAGCUUGAAUUCCUAUAGCUUGUCUUCAGCAGAUUUCGUGAGAUUCUGCCCUGUAGCGUUGAAAAAACGUCCUACCCGCAUCCGUGAAGGAAAAUUAAGCGGUUUUCAAGGCAUUUUUGGCGGAAUCUCCGCUUGUGCCGCUCGGGUUAUUUGGGCAUUAUUUUAA